AUGCGACUCCCACAGAUGCUGGCCGCCAUCGCGGGCUUGCUCUUGACCAAUUCUGCCGUCGCCGAGCCCGUGGACUACAUCAUCGUCGGCGGUGGCACGUCCGGCCUGCUGCUGGCCAACCGGCUGUCGCGCGAUCCCGGCACCACCGUGACUGUCAUCGACCCGGGGUCCGACGAGAGGCAAAACGCUGUUGUCAAAUCUCCGAAUGACUGGCUGCAGAUACUCAGUAGCUACGUCGCCGAGCAGCAUGUCUCGGUCAACCAACCGCACGCCAAUAACCGAAAGCUCACCUUCUACUCUGGUCGAGGUAUUGGUGGCACAAGCCUCAUCAACGGCAUGACAUAUAUCCGAGGAGACGCAACCGAGUUCGAUUCCUGGGAGAAGCUUGGAAACAAAGGAUGGAACUGGGAAACGAUGAUGAAGUACUACAAGACGCUGGAGGACUUUGUCGCUCCCCAGGAGUGGCAAGUUGACGCCGGCGCGACAUUUGACCCGCAGGUCCACGGCACCGCCGGCGAUAUUCACACCUGCUUCAACCCGAGACUUCUCAACGGAUCGUGGUACGCCGCGACCGUUGAAGCGUGGUCGUCUCUUGACGUCUCCAAGAUCAAGGACGUCAACUCUGGUUCGGUCCGUGGAUUCGACGUCUGGCCGCAGACGAUUGACGCAAAGACGAACACUCGAUGGGAUGCCGCAUCGGCCUUUUACUGGCCUAUUUCCGACAGCCGCGCCAACCUCAAGCUCAUCAACGGUACCGUCACCAAGCUGCUGUGGGACGAUGCCAAGACGGAGCGCGACGGAGCGCGGGCGUCGGGCGUCGAGUACACCAGCGCAGAGGGCGACGUCUUGCAGCUGAGAGCAAAGGAGCAGAUCAUCCUCGCAGCCGGGGCUCUCAAGACGCCGCUGAUCCUGGAAAGCAGCGGCAUCGGACAAUCAGCCCGCCUCGAGGAGCACGGCAUCCCUGUGAUCGUAGACCUACCCGGCGUCGGCGAGAACCUCGUCGACAACCCACUCGUCCCGUACGUGUACAAGAGCGACUUUUCCACGGAUGGGUACACCCCGUACUCGACCUUCCUGACCGCCCGGCAGCUGUUCGGCGACGCCACGUCCGACCAGGCCUCGUCCGUCCGGGCCGCGAUCCCGCAGUGGGCGCAGCAAGUCGUGGACCGCAGCAACGGCGCGCUCAACGUCUCCGCGAUCGAGACGCUGAUGACGCUGCAGCACGACCUCAUCUUCCGCCAAAACGCGACCAUCGUGGAGGUCGUGCAGGCCGCGCAGGCCGGCGCCCUCAGCGGCGCCGCCUGGAACCUGCUGCCCUUCAGCCGCGGCAGCGUGCACGUCUCCGCCAACGGGCCGGCGAUCGAUCCGCGGUUCCUGGCCGUCGACUACGACCUGGAAAGCACCGUCGCCAUCGGCAAGGUGGUCAGGGCCUUUUACAACUCGAGCCGGAUCCGUCCGCACGUCACCGGGUACCUGAACCCGUCCGCGGAGCAGCUGCCGGAGAACGCAUCCGAGGAGGACUGGCGCAGGUUCGUCCCCGGCGCGGUGGGACCGAACAACCACCCGCUGGGCACCGCGUCGAUGAUGGCGCGGGAGUUGGGCGGCGUGGUGGAUGCCAAGCUCAAGGUGUACGGGACGGCGAACGUGCGUGUGGUGGACGCGUCGACGGUGCCGACGCAGCUGAGCGGACACUUGACGGCUACCAUCUAUGCCAUUGCAGAGAGGGCAUCGGAGUUUAUCCUGCACAAGUGUUGA